AUGGAAAGGAGCCAAAGGAAGAGCAAAGAAGAUGCCGCGAUCUCUGAUGAUGUGAAUGAAUUCAUCGCAUCUUUUCCGGCGCUCAUCGUCCAAGCCCGCAGCCAACAUCAAGACGACAAGCUCUUCCUCGCCUACUGGGUGGUGAAGCAGCUGAACAGCUCGCUGCAGCACCACCUCGCGGCCGCGCAGGGCGGCGCGUACCCGCCCGAGGUGCUGGAGCAGCUGAAGGCGAUCGAGGCCGAGAUGGAGACCAACCGGGAGCAGCACCAGCGCAUCGCCACGGAGAAGAAGGAGGUCCGCGCGCUCAUGCGCGAACUGCGAAACGAAGAUGGCUGGACGCUGGUGGGCGAGCACGAGGGCGGCAACGUGCAGGUGUUCUACCGCGGCGAGAAGUCCACACCGGUGCACUCGAUCAAGAUGCAGGGGGUGGUCGAUAGCCCCGCGCUCAAUCUGAUGGCCAUCAUGAACGAACACGCCCUCUACGAUUCCUGGAUUCCACUGCUCAAGAUCUCACGAUACCGCAAGGUGAUGUACCUCUCGGCGCACCUUCCCUGGCCCAUCUCCUCGCGCGACGUCUUGCUGUACGGCUAUGGCGUGGACAAUUUGGAAGAGGAUCGGGCAGUGAUCAUGAUUCGUUCGGCCGGGGAGGGUGACAUCGAGCCGCACCUCAUCCCUCCGGUCAAGUCCCACCCGAUCAGCGAGAACCAGACGAGGCUGGUGAUGAUGACCAACGUGGACCCCAAGCUGGCCUACAUGCCCUACACCCUGCUCAACUGGGCUACCAAAGAGAUCGAGGGCAGCAAGUACGAGGAGCUCAUCGCUGAAAACGAGGUCUUCUACGCCGAUAUCAAGGCCAAGCUUAGUUCCUUGAGCUUUGGCGCACGCGACGACAACGAAGAAGCUGACAACGUCGAACAUGAGCAGCAACAGCAACGCCACUCGUCGUCGUCACGAGAGGACAGCAGCGGCAGCGUAGAAGAAGGUGAUGAGGACAGUGAAGAGGAAACGCAUCAACAAGGUGGUGGCCAGGAAGAGGACUCGAACAAGAAAACGAAGAAGAAGAAGAAGGGAGGCCGGCUGAGGACACGACUUUCACUACGAAAGCACAAGCAUGAUGCCUCCCCCGCUGUCGCCCAGUGA